UUGUUUAGUUUUCUGCUCUCUCUUCUUCAGUCAUCAAUCAAGGGAUGGGAAGGAUUCUUUGCCUCUUAUCACACAUUGCUUUUCACUUUACUUUGUCUGUUCUUUAAAAAAUUGAAUUUUCUCAGUGCUGUUCUGUUUUGUUAAUUUAUAAAGAUUGUAUUUUUUGUAAUUCUAAAUGGGUUUCUCUUCUUAAGAAAAGUGGAGCAUUAAAAAAAUCCCAGCCAACCAGAUAGAAAUGCACAGCACAGUAGUGGACACUUGAAAGUAACUUCAAAUCACAAGUCUCUUGUGGGCUGAAUGAGGAAAUUAUUGGGGAGAUGUUGUUGUUGGUAGGUUAGUUGGGUUUUUCUUUUCUUUUUUUUCUUCAAGAAGGGAGAAAUCUCACCAAUUUUGGGAAGAAAAAUGGAGCCACUGAAUCAUCACAAGUCUCUGGAGAGAGUUGUUUCACAGAAGGCUCUGCAAAUGGGUAGCUCAUUUCAAUGCCAAAUUUGUGUGGUGGGUUUUCUCUCUGGAGUCUGCCUCACCUAUUUCUUUCUGGCUGCUCUCACUUCCAUGGGCUCUUUUGGGUUUGGCCCUAUUUCAUUAUCAGUUGUUUCAGUGGCCAAUUCUACUCCAACUUUAGAAAAUUUGGACUGCAAACUUCAAGUAAAACAAACGGAGAGAUGGGCUGAAUUGCGCAUGAGUAACAGUGGGACUGAUGAUGAGAAAAUUUCAUUGUUACACUCUGCUUGGAGUGAAUUGCUACCUGAAUCUGCAGAUGAAGAAAGCAAGUUCUUGCAAAGUGUUGGACUGAGCAAAUCCAUUCUGCCAAAUGCUCCUCAUUUGGAGAACUGCAAAUUGAGCGCUCAGAUAAAUGGACAUCUCAAUCGGUAUGCUGACAAUGCGAGUUUCCCUCCUUGGACAAACUGGAAGAGAUUGUUAAACUUGCAUCCAGCAUCUGCAGCCAACAAGCCAUUGAGUUAUUUUAGGCAGCAAGCUAUUUCAGAAAGUGCCUAUCCUCCAUGGAUCACUGGAUCAGAUGAAGACAAUUAUCCCUUUACAAGGAAAGCGCAGCGUGACAUAUGGAUUCAUCAGCAUCCAUUAAACUGCAGGGAUCCUAACGUAAAAUUCCUAGUUGCUGACUGGGAGAGAUUGCCUGGAUUUGGGAUUGGUGCACAGCUUGCUGGAAUGUGUGGGCUUCUUGCUAUUGCAAUUAAUGAAAAGAGGGUACUUGUUACCAACUACUACAAUCGGGCUGACCAUGAUGGUUGUAAGGGUUCUUCCCGUUCCAGUUGGUCUUGUUACUUCUUCCCAGAAACUUCUCAAGAGUGCCGAGAUCAUGCAAUUGAGCUAAUGGGCAGUAAAGAAGCAUGGGAAAAGGGUAUCAUAACUGGAAAAGACAACUAUACUUCAAAGGAAAUUUGGGCUGGCCAUAGUCCUAGGGUUUGGGGUGACCCCUGGAGUUACUUGCAGCCAACAACAGAAAUAAAUGGUAGUUUGGUUGCUUAUCACCGUAAAAUGGAUCGAAGAUGGUGGAGAGCGCAGGCAAUACGCUACUUAAUGAGAUUUAAAACUGAGUAUACAUGUGGCUUGUUAAAUGUUGCUCGCCACGCUGCAUUUGGAAAGGAAGCUGCGAAAAUGGUUCUCACUAGUCUUGAUAGGGACUGGCCAAAGGAGGCCACAAGGAAGCCCGUGUCAGAUAUUGAAAAGUAUGUAUGGUCAAAUCACGGGCCAUGGAUACCAAGGCCAUUGCUUAGUGUGCACGUAAGAAUGGGAGACAAGGCGUGUGAGAUGAAGGUGGUUGAAUUUGAGGAAUACAUGCAGCUUGCUGAACGCAUGAGGAAGCGCUUUCCGAAUCUGAAUAGCGUUUGGCUCUCUACUGAAAUGCAGGAAGUUAUCGAUAAAUCAAUACGUUACACCCAUUGGAACUUCUACUACACAAACGUGACACGACAAGUCAGGAACGUGACAAUGGCUGUGUACGAGACGAGCCUUGGAAGGAAAACCAGCACAAAUUAUCCCCUUGUUAAUUUUCUGAUGGCAGUGGAAUCCGAUUUUUUCAUCGGGGCAUUGGGUUCUACUUGGUGUUUUCUUAUAGAUGGCAUGAGGAACACAGGAGGAAAAGUAAUGGCCGGUUACUUGAGUGUUAACAAGGAUCGGUUUUGGUAGGCUAUUCUAAUAUUUAUCUUUGGCAGAGUUGCAGGAA